AUGGGUAAAUUUAAUGUUGCUGCUAAUUUUUUUUACAACAUUAACUUAUUUAUUUAGAAAGAAGAUGUUGAUACUCGUUUGGAGUUCAUGAGCGAAUAUAUUCUCAAAGCACUAAAGCAAAAAGUUGAGAAAUGGACAAAGUUUAUUACAGGAGACGAAAGACACGUUCUAUUCCGAUACUUCGACCUACCGAAGUACGACAUUAUAGUGUUCCGCAUGAACACGGCAGGCCUGCUGACAUGCGCUACCAGUUUCCCCCCCAUCAGCAGGGGGAAAAUGAUCUAUUUCCUCCGGAAUUCUGAUGAGAAGAUCACUCAAGCUAAUUUUCGUACGAUCACCACGAUCGGCGAGUUAUCCGGCAACGUGCUGAUGGACAUCAGCCUGAUGGCCGACGAGGUGAUAGGCCCGCUGCUGUGCAACCCGGAGAACCAGCGCGGCUGGCCCAAGAUCGUCCGCAACGACAUGCAGCGCCACAUCAACGAGCUCAGGAACUUGAUGCACCAGCUCAAAGGUGAAAUGUCUAGCCAAGUUAUGUUGCCGAUGCCUGCAGGAGUAGAAAACAUUUACCAUGCUGAAUCUCGAUUGAGAGAAAGUGAUGGAGAAGACGUUGACUUGUAUUUGAAGACGAAUAUUGAAGGCGCUAUUAUUAAAUGGGCCCAACAAGUACACGACUUACUUCAAGAGGAUUCUUAUAUCGCAUUCAAGAAAACCAAGUUUCCUUUGCCGAUCAUGGACAUAGACUUCUACGUGCACCGUCUGCGCAAUUUAGAAGGCAUAUACUCACAGCUGCGCGACCCGCGCGUCAAACGUAUGGCGCAUUAUUUGGAAGAUACUCGCAGCGUCUACCUUGCUUGCUUCAAGACCAUGUUGACUAAUGUCGUGGCUGCUAUUGUGGAAUGCAGAGACAUCUACAUCUAUCAAAAACCGUUGCAACUACACUUUGAAACCUUUGAGGGGACAGACUUUUCUGACGCCAAGUACCUUAUCAGACCCAUGUUUCAUUGCAUUGGUCUUCUGUGGGGAAAUUCGAGAUAUUAUUGCAGCGUGGAGAAACUUAUACCGUUACUACGAGAGGUAUGCAAUUUGGUAAUCCAACAAUGCACCAACUCUAUCGACCCCUCGUCAAUUUUCCAAGGAGAUGCUGACGAAAAUUUGAUGAAAUUGAGAAAAGCAAUGGGCAUAUUGAAACACUUCAUUGAUACGUAUGAAUUGAACCGUGAUAAAGUGCACACGUUUUUUCCUCCCGGUGUGAUGCCAGUACGCUGGUCUUUUGACUUCGAUCGCGUUUUCAUGAGGUAUAACGUGUACACGAAGCGUCUUUCGAUGAUCGAGAGCAUUCUAGAAGCUACUGUUGAGAUAUUAAAACUAGAAAAGGUUGAGUUCUGCGGUCUGAGAGGGAAAACUUUGAGCACAGAAUGUAUGAAAGUUUUGGAUGACUACACUGUGAAAUAUCAACAACUUGGUAAUAUAACGUACGAUCCGGCUGACCCCGAAGAUAAUAGCUUCUUGAAAGACUAUGCUCGGCAUAUGGAUGUCCUUGAGGAUAUCGACAGAAGACUGGCGUCCCUGUUCUCUCAGGGUCUGGACGAAUGUCAUAAUUUGGAACAUUUCUUCAAGUUCUUCCAAAUAAUAGGCGACCUAUUCCACCGACCAGUUAUCAAGAACGAGUUGAAACCAAAGCUAGUGAAACUGCUAGAUUUCAUGCAUUCAAACUUGGACUGUGUCAAGGAAAUAUUUGACGAGGAGAUAGCGAAACUAACAAAAGGUCCAGAGAGGCCAAUGGUGGAUCCAUAUCUACCGCCCAUUGGUGGCGUUUUAUGGUGGGUCUAUAAACUUCGUAGACGACUUCAGAGUCCAAUGGAAGAGUUCAUUCUGUUUGAAGAUCCUAUAAUAGAGACAGAGUAUGCUGUGUACAUGAAACAAAAGCACAACGAGAUGCUGCUAUACUUGAAUCAAUUGGAAGACCGCCAGUUCAAGGCAUGGUGCGCGACUGUCCCGGGGAUAUGCAAGCUUCAUCUCGCCAAGAACCUUAUUUAUCGAGAUCCGCCGUUUGUUAGGAAUAAUUUUAGUCCUGAGUUGGUGAUGUUGUUACGUGAGAUCCGGUACAUGAAGUACUUGGAUAAGCAAGGUAUUCCACCAGAUGGUCUGGAGCUGUAUGCUCGCAAUGAAAAAUUACAGUAUGACAUGAAUCGCCUGAAUCGCGCCAUCGCGUGGUACAACGCAAUCCGUGAAGGCAGUCAUGAAACGGAGGUGGCUCUCAUUGAAAAGGAGAUCUCUGCUAUUGACACUCUCCUCGGGCGAGGUGUAGAAGAACUAACGUGGAAUGAUGAUUUCACCGACUGGAUGGCAGAAGUGUACGCGGCCAUCAACACUUUGCAAGAGCGUGUGCUCACGGCGCAGAACAACGUCAAACGUGGCCUGGCGAACAUUGCAGCCUGGGGCGACAAGCCUCUGCAUAACCGCAAGGAAAAUCUUGACAAGAUGGAGUUACUUGCUGUUGUUGAAAGACAUCCUAGAUUCGUGCGCAGACGAAACAAGAUUCUCGAAAGUCAUGAAGAGUUCCUGGAUAUUUUGGUGCACAAUUACAAGCUGUUUUUCAACAUAAUGGACGAAGAAGAGGAAGAAGAAGAGGAAGAGGAACUUGAGGAAGUAGAUGAAUCGACGUUAGAUGACGACGAGAAGGCGGCGCGCGCUGCUAAACUGCGUGAUAUAAUGGAGCGCCGUGAGGCAAGAAUGCUGGCGAAAGAAGAGCGGGAACGGGAGCGCGAGGAAGCUGCCCAGAUCAAGUUUGAGCGAAGAGAAGCCAGACGCUUGAAGCGAGAGGCAAAGGAAGCUGAGAGACAAGAGAGACAGGCGCGUAGGGACGCUGGUGAGGAUGUAGAUUCUCCAGUAGAGGAAGAAGAAGAACUAGACCCCGAAGAGUUGGCAGAUAUUGAAGAAGAAAAACGUGAGAUGGAGGAAGAAGCAUUCCGGGCUGCACGUUGGCCAGCAUACGUCAGAUAUGUUGAUUCUUUGGUGUCAAAACAAAUUAUGAAGGCAAUACAAUCCAGUUUAGAUUUGUUUGAGAAGCAGACAGAUUUGGAGAAGGGCCCGAGAGUCGCGUUUAUGGAAGUGGUUGCUGAAUUAAAAGAUCCAGACAUAUAUUUCUCACCAUCUCUGGAUAUGGACGAUGAUGAUGGCCUCUACGACACAUUGAGAGAGAUGAUGAAGGAUAUGUUCCUACAAGCAACACUCUUCCCAAGAAUAGAUCCGAUCGUGCCUAUUGCUUCUUAUGAAGACGACAUCGAAAAAGAGGAAGCGAUGAUUGAUCUAUACCAUGAGAUACUAAAGCGGGUCGAAAAUAGUAUCAACGACGUCGUUUCAUAUGCUUCUAAAUACGAAAAAUAUACUCCUCUAUGGAUCGAAGACAGGCAAGAGGUCUUACAAGGAUUCUUGAAAUAUGGACGUGUGAUACCACCCGAGGAGUUUGAUAAGUACAAGUAUGAAAAUGGUUGCGACCCACCUGAAAUGAAACCGAAGCUCGAGCAGUAUCAGCAAGAGAUUGACAAAUACAACGCAAUGUACGACGAGGUUGCUGCAUUGCCAUCCGAGUAUCUGUGUAACGGAUGGCUGCGGCUCGACCUGAAGCGACUCAAUCAAGCUAUUAUGAACAUCAUCUGUAAAUGGAGCAAUCUUUACAAGCAAAAUUUGAAAGACCAUGUACAGACCAGUUUGGAUGAUCUAGAAAAGUUCAUCAUCUACGCAACCAAAGAGUUGUCGGUGGAGCUUGACGACGAUGACUACGAAGGUCUUCUGCAAGUGAUGCGGGUGCUCAAUGAGGUGAAGGCGAAGCAGGAUGCAGGCACCGACACCAUGUUUGAGCCGCUGAGGGACAUCAUCGAUGUCCUCAAAGAAUAUGGAGUGGACUUCCCAGAAGAGACUUAUGAACAGUUGGACGUCCUCCCCGAGCGGUGGAGGAACGUGGUGAAGCUGGCGACGGUGAUGAAGAACACCGUGGCCCCGCUGCAGGCUGCGCAGGCGGCGCUCAUCGCCAAGCGCGUGGCGCUCAUCAACCUGCGCCUCACAAUGUACCGGGAGCAGUUCAAGCUCAAGGAGAUGUUCCUGGAGUCUUGCAGAGAACCAUACAGACAAAUCGACAAAGUGCACAUAGAGCUCUUGGGUUUUGAAGACAUUGUUGAUGGGUUGAAGAAAUCCUGCUCGUUGUUCGACAUUCAACCGCCUGAUGAAAAGAAUCUGAAAACAUGUCGCAGGGAACUGAGGCUUAUCAAGCAACUUUGGGAUUACUAUUAUCUGGUGAUGGGAACUAUAGAGUUCUGGAAGAAGUCACCGUGGAAGAAGAUAGAUGCAGAUGGUAUGGACCAGGAGUGCAAGAGGUUCACUAAAGACAUGCGACAGCUUGAUAAGGAUAUGAGAGUCUGGGAGCCGUAUAUUGCAAUAGAAGGAACUAUAAAGAAUUUGAUGACUUCUCUGCGAGCUGUGACAGACCUUCAGAAUCCCGCUAUCAAGGACAGGCACUGGGUUGAACUGAUGAUGGCCACCAAAGUAAAAUUCAACAUCACCGAUGAUACAACUUUGGCAGACUUGUUAGCUUUGAGCCUUCACAAGUACGAGGAAGAAGUAAAAACUAUUGUCGAUAAGUCUGUCAAAGAAGCUGCUAUGGAUAAGACGCUCAAGGAGUUAGAAUUGACCUGGGCUGUUAUGGAGUUCGAUUAUACAAGUCACGAUAGAACUGGUAUUAAACUUCCUAAAGCUAGCGAAGAAUUGGUUGAAACUCUUGAAGAUAACCAGAACCAAGUCCAGAACAUGAUGUCAUCCAAAUUCAUUGGGUUCUACGAGGCAGAGGUAACAGCGUGGCAGAAGAAACUGGGCACAGCCGACGCUGUGAUUGCCAUCUGGUUUGAAGUGCAAAGAAAAUGGCAGUACCUCGAGAGUAUUUUUGUGGGCUCUGACGAUAUCAGAGCUCAAUUGCCUGAAGAUUCCAGGAGAUUCGAUCAUAUUGACAAGACAUUUAAGGAAUUGCUUAGAGAUAUUGGUAAUACACCCAAUGUAGUCCAAGCUACUAAUAAACCAGGUUUGCUAGACAAACUGGAGGAGCUGAUGGCUGCCCUUAACCUUUGCGAGAAAGCGCUCAAUGAUUAUUUGGAAACGAAGAGGCUGGCGUACCCUCGUUUCUACUUCGUGUCUUCAGCGGAUCUGCUGGAUAUUUUGUCCAACGGUAACAAUCCACCGGCCGUUUCAAAGCAUCUCACAAAGUUGUACGACAACUUGGCUAAGUUGGUGUUCCCCAAGACUGGCAGUAAGCAUGCUUUCGAAAUGAUUUCCAAGGAGAAUGAAGAACAUGUGCCAUUCAAGGCACCUUGCUGUGAUUGCUCUGGGAAGGUGGAAGUAUGGCUCAACCGUGUCACGGACUGCAUGCGAUAUACUUUACGUGAUAUUUUUGAGCAUAGCGUAAAAUCUUACGAAGACAAACCUCGAGACGAAUGGGUGUUCGACUGGCCAGCACAGCCUGCUUUGGUGGGCACCCAGAUUUGGUGGACUACAGAGACAAAUCAGGCCUUUGAAAAGCUUGAAGAAGGUUACGAGGGAGCAUUAAAAGACUAUCAGAAGAAACAAAUCGCUCAGCUAAAUGCACUAAUUGUGCUUUUACUCGGAGAUUUAACAGUCGGUGACCGACAGAAGAUUAUGACUAUUUGCACCAUUGAUGUCCACUCGCGAGACGUGGUAGCUAAACUGAUUGUUUCAAAAGUGGAAAGCUCAAAUGCCUUCCAGUGGCAGAGUCAAUUGAGACAUCGUUGGGAUAAUAACCUGAAUAAUUGUUUCGCCAAUAUCUGCGACGCUCAGUUCCUUUACGAUUACGAGUAUCUGGGUAACACUCCUCGACUUGUCAUUACGCCACUGACUGAUCGCUGCUACAUUACGUUGACUCAGAGUCUCCAUUUGAUUAUGGGUGGUGCUCCGGCCGGACCAGCCGGUACCGGUAAAACGGAGACUACGAAGGACUUGGGGCGAGCUCUGGGCAUCAUGGUAUACGUGUUCAAUUGUUCUGAGCAAAUGGACUACAAGUCUUGCGGCAACAUUUACAAAGGUCUUGCCCAAACCGGCGCAUGGGGUUGCUUCGAUGAGUUCAACAGAAUUUCGGUGGAAGUGCUGUCCGUAGUGUCUGUGCAGGUAAAGAGUGUACAAGACGCCAUCAAGGCCAAGAAAAAGAAGUUCGACUUCAUGGGAGAGUUCAUUACGCUUAUACCAACAGUCGGCAUGUUCAUCACCAUGAACCCCGGUUAUGCCGGAAGGACGGAGUUACCGGAGAACUUAAAGGCACUUUUCAGGCCAUGUGCCAUGGUGGUACCGGACUUCGAGUUGAUUUGCGAAAUCAUGUUGGUGGCGGAAGGCUUUCAAGAGGCACGUCUGCUGGCGCGCAAGUUUAUUACUUUGUACACCUUGUGUAAGGAGUUGCUAUCAAAACAGGACCACUACGAUUGGGGCUUGAGAGCUAUCAAGUCUGUACUGGUAGUAGCCGGAUCACUCAAGAGAGGUGACCGCCUUAGACCAGAAGACCAGGUGCUAAUGAGAGCUUUGAGAGAUUUCAAUAUUCCCAAAAUCGUAACUGACGAUACGCCUGUAUUCAUGGGACUGAUCGGAGAUUUGUUCCCUGCGCUAGACGUGCCACGAAAACGAGACUUCGAUUUCGAAAAGAGUUUGGUAGACGCCGCUAUUUCCAUGAAACUGCAACCAGAACCAGGGUUUAUUCUAAAGAUGGUCCAACUAGUCGAGUUGUUUGCCGUAAGACACUCGGUAUUCAUUGAUGGAUUUGCUGGUACCGGCAAGUCCAUGGUGUGGCAGUGCCUUAACAAAACCUAUUACAUGCUCAAAAUGAAACCUUUCUACAACGAUCUGGACCCUAAAGCUGUCACCAAUGACGAGUUGUUUGGUAUAAUCAAUCCAGCCACGAGAGAGUGGAAGGAUGGCUUAUUUUCGACCAUCAUGAGAGACAUGGCCAAUAUGCCAGGUGAUGGACCUAAAUGGAUUGUGUUAGAUGGAGAUAUUGAUCCUAUGUGGAUUGAAAGUUUGAAUACCUUGAUGGAUGAUAAUAAGGUGCUAACGUUGGCUAGUAACGAGCGAAUCGCCUUGAAUAAAACGAUGCGAUUGUUGUUUGAGAUCUCCAACUUGCGCACAGCCACCCCUGCUACUGUCUCACGUGCUGGUAUCUUGUACAUUAAUCCUCAGGAUUUGGGGUGGAAUCCAUUUGUGGCAUCCUGGAUCGAUACAACAAGAGACGAUGAGAGUGAGAAAGCAAUGCUGACGGUAAUGUUCGACAAGUACAUUCCGUCACUUCUGGAGUCUUGCAAGAAGUACAAGCGUGUGACGCCGCUCACUGAACUGCAACAGAUCCAGCUUACGUGUUAUUUACUAGAGUGUUUCUUGAACAAGUCACUGCUGCCUAGUGACUGUCCAAAAGAAUGGUAUGAGACAUACUUCGUUUUUUGCAUCGUGUGGGGUUUCGGUUCCGCACUCUUCCAAGAUCAGCUCGUGGACUGGCGUAACGAAUUCAGCAAAUGGUUCUGCAAUGAGUUCAAACAAAUCAAGUUCCCUUCCACCGGCAAUGUGUUCAGUUUCUUCAUCGACUCUGAGACAAAGAAGUGGCUCCCAUGGUCUGAGAAAAUUGAGAACUUUGAACUUGAUCCUGAUCUGCCUUUACAGUCAUGUCUAGUAUCGACGUCGGAGACGACCCGUAUCAGAUUCUUCAUGGAUCUGCUGAUCGCGAAGCAGAAGCCUGUGAUGUUGGUAGGCAGUGCCGGCAGCGGGAAAACUGUGAGCGUUGCGGCCAAACUGAAUUCCUUGCCAGAUUCCUUCGCCAUUGCCAACGCUCCACUUAAUUUCUAUACUACUUCUGAAAUGAUUCAAAAAGUAUUAGAGAAGCCAUUGGAGAAGAAAUCAGGUCGCAACUUCGGGCCUCCUGGCAGUAAGUUUAUGAUCUACUUCGUGGAUGAUCUGAACAUGCCUGAAGUCGACACUUACGGCACUGUGCAGCCACAUACACUUAUCAGGCAAUUCAUGGACUACAAGCAUUGGUACGAUCGACAAAAGCUGUCGCUGAAGGACAUAUCGAACUGUAUGUUCGUGUCGUGCAUGAACCCCACAGCGGGAUCGUUCACAAUCGACCCACGUCUGCAAAGACAUUUCUGUACAUUUGCUGUGAGCUUCCCCGGCAUAGACGCGUGCUUCCACAUCUACAAGCAGAUUCUGUCGCAGCACGUGGCCAAUCCACUGAACAAGUUCGGCAUCCCGGUGAUUCGCUACGCCGAACCGCUGGUCAAUGCGGCGCUCGCGCUGCAUAACAAGCUAUCCAGCAUGUUCCUGCCCACUGCGAUCAAGUUCCACUACAUUUUCAACCUUAGGGACCUGUCUAAUAUAUUCCAGGGCAUGUUAUUCACAACCGGAGAUGCGAUUAAGACACAAUCUGAGUUGAUCAGGCUAUGGAUGCACGAAGCUACUAGAGUGUAUUCUGACAAACUUGUGGAUUCUGCUGAUAACGAGAGCUUCCAAAAACUUAUCUCUGACGUUAUCAAAAAGAAUUGCGAGGACUUCGAUGAGAAUGUAGUAUUUGAAAAACCCCUGAUAUAUUGUCAUUUCGCGGAAGGAGUGGGCGAUCCCAAGUACUUCCCAAUCAGGGAUUGGCCUCAAAUCAAGAAGUUGCUAGAUGAGUCGUUGUCUGGCUAUAACGACCUAGUUGCUACCAUGAACUUGGUGCUAUUCGAGGACGCCAUGUAUCAUAUCUGCAGAAUCAAUCGCAUCCUAGAAGCGCCGCGUGGCAACGCGUUACUGGUGGGCGUAGGCGGGUCGGGCAAGCAGUCGUUGUCGCGGCUGUCGGCCUUCAUCUCUUCGCUCGAGGUGUUCCAGGUUCAGCUGCGCAAAGGCUACAGCAUCAACGACUUGAAGCUCGAUUUGGCUGGCUUGUACGUCAAGGCGGGUCUUAAGAACAUCGGCAACGUGUUCCUGAUGACGGACGCCCAGGUCGCCGAGGAGCGGUUCUUGGUGCUGAUCAACGAUUUGUUGGCGUCUGGAGAAAUUCCAGAGUUGUUCGCCGAUGAUGAAACUGAGAAUCUCAUCAAUGGUGUCAGGGGAGAGACGAAAGCAUCGGGUGUACCAGAUACACGUGAAAAUUGUUGGAGAUUCUUCAUCAACCGAGUGCGAACCAUGCUAAAGGUGGUGUUGUGCUUCUCGCCCGUGGGCGCGACUCUCAGGGUGCGCGCGCGCAAGUUCCCCUCCAUCGUCAACUGCACCGCCAUCAACUGGUUCCACGAGUGGCCGCAGGAGGCGCUGCGCUCUGUCUCCAAGCGGUUCAUCGCUGAAGUCGAGGCUUUACCGGUUCAUUUGGUGGAUGCAGUAGCAAUGUUCAUGGCCCACGUCCACCAGAGCGUGAACCUAAUGUCAGCAGUUUACUUCCAAAACGAGCGUCGGUACAAUUACACGACGCCGAAGACUUUCUUGGAACAGAUCGCCCUCUAUUCCAAACUCAUCAGCGAGAAGACGACGAAUCUCAAAAUGAUGAUAGCGAGACUCGAAAACGGAUUGGAAAAACUGGCCUCAUGUGCUGCUGAUGUGGCUGUGUUAAAGGUGACUCUAGCAGAGCAAGAAAUCGAUUUGAAAAUUAAAAACAAAGCGGCCGAAGAACUCAUUGAAGUGGUGGGCGCUGAAAGUGAAAAAGUAUCCAAAGAAAAGGCGUUUGCUGCCGAGGAGGAGAAGAAGGUCAAAGUGAUUGAGGAAGACGUCACGAUUAAGGCCAAGAUUUGCGCUGAUGACUUGGCUAAAGCAGAGCCGGCUCUGCUCGCGGCGCAAGAGGCCUUGAACACCUUGAACAAGAACAACUUGACUGAGUUGAAGGCCUUCGGCUCGCCGCCCGACGCGGUAGUCACCGUGACAGCUGCUGUGCUCGUGCUGUUUUCCAAGAAGGGGAAGAUUCCAAAGGACAGGUCAUGGAAAGCUUGCAAGCUAAUGAUGGCAAAAGUCGAUCAGUUUUUAUACGACCUGGUUUACUACGACAAGGAAAAUAUCCAUCCCGAUGUCAUCAAGGCUGUGCAGCCUUACAUCAAGAAUCCAGACUUCAAUGCGGAGUUCAUUAUGUCCAAGUCGGCUGCGGCAGCGGGUCUUUGCGCGUGGGUGAUCAACAUCUGCAAGUUCUACGAUGUGUACGUGGUGGUCGAGCCCAAGAGGCGCGCUCUGAACGCAGCCAAUGCGGAGUUGCAAGCUGCCAGGGACAAGCUGGCUAUGCUUACAGACCAGAUUAAGGAACUCGAGGAAAAACUCGGGGUUUUGAUGAAAGCUUUCCAAGAAGCCGUCAACGAGAAAAUGAAGUGUCAGGCUGAAGCAGAUGCGACCAAUGCUACUAUUGACUUAGCGAACAGAUUGGUCAACGGACUGGCUUCAGAGAAAAUCAGAUGGACCGCAACUGUAGCAAACUUGAAAGAGUCUGGAGUCAUGUUGCCUGGCGACACAUUGCUUAUUACCGCGUUCAUAUCCUACGUUGGUUGCUUCAUGCGUCGGUACCGGCAGCAGCUUAUGAGUGAUGACUGGGUACCUAUGUUGUCAAAGACAAACCCCGUAAUCGAGACAACUGAAGGCUUGGAUCCACUGUCCAUGCUCACAGACGACGCUCAGGUGGCAGUCUGGAACAACGAGGGACUGCCCAAUGAUUCAAUGAGCACGGAAAAUGCCACUAUUCUUACAAACUCUGCCCGCUGGCCACUUAUGAUUGAUCCUCAACUACAAGGCAUAAAAUGGAUCAAGUCCAAGUACGGUGACGCGCUGGUAGUGAUCAGACUGACACAGCGCAAUUACCUGGACCGCAUCGAGCGGGCGGUCAGCAACGGCAACGUGGUGAUGUUAGAGAACAUCGGCGAGUCUGUUGACGCCGUGCUUGAGCCGCUGUUGGGAAGAGUGCUUAUCAGAAAGGGACGCGUGCUCAAGAUUGGAGACAGGGAAAUUGACUACAAUCCAAAUUUCCGCCUGAUUAUACAAACUAAAUUGGCAAAUCCCCAUUACCAGCCCGAGAUGCAGGCACAGUGUACCUUGAUAAACUUCACUGUCACCAGAGAUGGUCUCGAAGAACAGCUGUUAGGUGAAGUCGUGAAGGCUGAAAGACCCGAUUUGGAGAGCUUGAGAGCAGGUCUAACGAAACAGCAAAAUGACUUCAAGAUCACGCUCAAAACGCUUGAAGACGAUCUACUGAAGAGAUUGUCUUCUGCCGGACCUGACAUCCUCAGUGAUUCGGCGCUGGUGAUCAACUUGGAAACCACCAAGAAGACGGCAGCAGACAUUGAAAUAAAGGUCGAAGAAGGCAAGGUUACGUCUGUGAAGAUUGACGAGGCCAGAGAACGAUAUAGACGAGCAGCUACCCGUGCCUCUAUCCUGUAUUUCAUCCUAAACGAUUUGUACCGAAUCAACCCGAUGUACCAGUUCUCACUGAAGGCCUACAGCGUAGUGUUCAAAGAUGCUUUGGCCCGCGCUGAUCCUGCCGAUGACCUUGAAGGCCGAGUGAGGAAUCUACUGGACAGCAUCACGUUUGCUGUCUUUGUGUACACUAGCAGAGGUCUCUUUGAGAGGGAUAAGCUGGUGUUCUUGUUCUUGAUUACAGUUCAGGUCUUGCAAGGUGAAGGAAAAGUAGACCCCCGUGAAUUGGACUUCCUUCUCAAGUACGCCGUGGCACCUGAAAAUUCGCCAUACUCCUGGCUAAACAACACCUCCUGGGGUGGUAUCAUAGCACUUGCCAAGAUGGACGCUUUUGAAAAUCUUGACAAGGACAUUGAAGGGGCAACAAAAAGGUAA